AUGCAUCGGGAGUGCCUGCACAACCACGGGGCUCCCCUCAGACGAUACAUUCUCGACGGAUGUCUCAUGUUUGAGCCCAAGGGCCCAAAUGGGAGCCCGGAGUUCCUGCAGUGUGCUGCCUGUGGCUGCCACCGCAACUUUCACCGCCGGGUGGAGGUCACCCUCCCCCGGUUCGACAGGGCCCCACCACCGGAGAUCACAGAUCUGCAACCCCGGGCCCAGGCCCCACAGCAAAACCCACCCCAGCAGGCUCCACAGCCCGAAAUAGCCAAUCUUCCCCCUAACGGGCCUCAGAUCCACAGAAUGGUGAACCAGCAGGUGGAGGAGGAGGAGGAGCCCGCAGUUCAGAGGAGAAGGAUGACAAGCGAGCAGAAGGUGAGGCUAAGGGAAAUUGUUGAAAGCAAAAAUUGGAAAAUGUUCAAGGAGUACUCGCCGGAGGAAGUGGCGCAGGUGUGCGCGGAGGUUGGGAUCCCGAGGCUGUGCCUCAAAAAUUGGAUCUCCAUCCUCAGGCGUGAACGAGAGGUCAGGAUGGAGAAUGCCGAUCAGGACUAG